AUGUCUGUGUCUGCGCCGCGUUUAUCUCAGAAUGCGGAGGCGGCGCGCGCUGCUGCUGCACAGGCAGAAUUUAACGAGAAGAAAUGGGUGUGGGUUCCUGACGAGAAGGACGGCUAUCUCGCGGGUUGGGUGGUGAGCGAGGAAGAUGAAGUGGGGGAGGUCAUGAUGCAUUCUGGUGAUGUCCGAAGGCUACCGUUAUACGCCCUAUCAAAGAUGAAUCCCCCCAAGUUCGACCGCGUCGAUGAUAUUGCGGAUCUUACGUUCUUGAACGAAGCCAGUGUUGUGCAUAAUCUCAGAUUAAGGUACGGCUCGGGAGCCAUUUAUACAUAUUCCGGUCUAUUCUUAGUGGCCAUCAAUCCUUACCAGUCCCUCCCCCUCUAUUCAGAUUCUAUCAUACAACAAUACCGGUCCAAACGACGCGACGAGAACCCUCCACAUAUCUUCGCCAUCGCCGAGCGUGCAUGGGUCAACAUGGGGGAUGAACGGGAGAAUCAGAGUAUCCUCAUUACUGGAGAAUCUGGUGCAGGUAAGACAGAAAGCACGAAGAAAGUGAUCCAAUAUCUUGCAGCUAUAGCUACCGAUACCCAUCAUCCACCGUCAUCUCAUGCACAUACCCAAUCCUUGUCCUCAUCCUCGUCAUUUGGAGCCGUCAUGCCGGCAGCCGGUCUCCCUCGUAAACAAUCCGCCCGUCACAAGCCGCAUCAAUCGAUGUCCAUUUCGAGUCCGGGCUCUCAUCUCACAUCGAAGGGCCGACUUGGCCUCCUUGAGCGUCAAAUCCUUCAAGCCAAUCCUAUUCUGGAAGCUUUUGGUAACGCGCAGACGCAGCGAAACAACAAUUCGAGUCGGUUUGGAAAAUUCGUCAGGAUCAGCUUCUCGCCGGAUGGUAGCAUCGCAGGCGCCAAUAUUGACUGGUAUCUUCUGGAGAAGAGCAGAGUUGUCUUCAGGAGCGAGGCUGAGAGGAGUUUUCAUGUUUUUUAUCAGCUAUUGGAAGGAGGGGGCGCGCUCAAAGAGUCUCUUCUACUUGACGGUGGAGUAGAGGACUACGAAUACCUGAACAAGAGCAGGAGGGAGGUCGACGGUAUCGACGACCAUGAGGAAUGGCAUGUAUUGAAGAAUGCUUUUGAAGUCAUGGGAUUCUCCUCUGCCGAACAAUCCGACCUUUUCCGCAUCGUUGCCGCCAUUCUGCACCUCGGCAACAUCACCAUCACGUCCACCCGCGCAGAUGAUGCCCUUAUGCCUGAUCCCUCACAAGCCGAACGCGUCUGUCACCUUCUUGGCAUACCUAUCGCUGAGUUCACUCGAGCUGUCCUACGGCCCCGAGUUCUCGCCGGGCGAGAGUGGGUGACCCAGGCAAGAACCCGUCAACAGGCCAUUGAGGAGAUAGCAUCAUUGUCGAAGACGCUCUACGAGAAGUCUUUCGGCUCGUUGGUCGAUCGGAUCAAUCGUGCCCUCGACAGGCCAUCCUCCAAGUCCAAUUUCAUUGGUGUCCUGGAUAUUGCUGGCUUCGAAAUCUUCGAGGUCAACGCGUAUGAGCAGCUUCUCAUCAACUACACCAAUGAGAAGCUGCAACAAUUCUUCAACCACCACAUGUUCGUUCUCGAGCAGGAAGAGUACACGAGGGAAGGCAUUGAGUGGGAUUAUGUCAACUUUGGGCUGGAUCUGCAGCCUACUAUCGAGCUCAUCGAAGGAAGCGGAGGUGCCAUUGGGGUGCUCAGUCUCCUCGACGAAGAGUGCAUCAUGCCUCGAGCGACAGACCUGACUUUCACAAAUAAGCUGCAUAACCUAUGGAGUGGCGAGCCGCCAGCUGGCGAGGAGCCUCACCCAGGGCGGGAGAAAUACGAGCCCUCGCGGUUCGACCAAGGGUUCAUCGUUCAUCAUUAUGCGGGCAAGGUCGAGUACAGGACCGAUAGCUGGCUGGACAAGAACAAAGAUCCGUUGAACGACAACUUAACUCGGGUUUUGGCCUCGUCGUCGGAGCGAUAUGUUGCCUCCCUGUUCGCUGAAUUCGCCGACGUCCCAGCGUUUCCCCCCAUUGGAAGCGUGACGGCCACAAUGGGCAAAAAGCGAACAAUGAAGAAGGGUGCCUUCCGUACCGUCGGCCAGCGACACAAGGAACAGCUCUCCAGCUUGAUGGCUCAGCUCUAUGCGACUCAGCCUCACUUCAUACGUUGUAUUGUCCCAAAUGCCAACAAGAAACCCGGACGCUUUGAUGUCCCCAUCGUGCUCGAUCAACUGCGGUGUAACGGUGUCCUCGAAGGUAUCCGUAUCGCUCGUCGCGGUUAUCCAAACCGAUUGCCAUUCGUCGAAUUCCGACAACGCUAUGAAGUCCUGACACCUGGCAUAAUACCCCGUGGCUAUAUGGACGGAAGGAAGGCCUGCUCACGCAUGGUCGCCGCCUUAGAACUCGACGAGUCGAUUUUCAAGAUUGGCACGUCCAAGGUCUUUUUCAGAGCCGGUGUCCUCGCCGAACUCGAAGAGCGUCGUGACGCGCUGUUAUUUGACAUUUUCUCUAGGCUGCAGGCCGUAGCGCGUAUGUAUACAGCCCGCAGGCAGAUGAAGAAGAUAUUCAAUCGCGCCGUUGCAAUUCGUACUAUCCAGCGUAAUGCCCGGAUUUAUACGGAACUGCGGGAGUGGCCCUGGUGGCAGCUGUAUACCAAGAUCCGUCCUCUUCUUGCCGCUACUCGCAAUGACGAUGAGCUUCGGAAAAAGGAAACCGAGCUAGCUCUGGCUAAAGAGCGCGCAGAGCGUGAUGCGAAAGAGAAGGAGGCCUUGGAAAGUCUUAAGAUGCGUCUUGAGGCUGACAAACGCAAAGUGGAAGACGCUUUAGAAGCUGAGAGGAACCUCGCUGUCGACAAGGAUGCCUUGCUAGAACGAAGCAAGAAGCGAGAGUUGGAACUAGAGGAGGAGGUUGUAGCCCUCCAGUCGGACCUUGAUACCCUUGAUUCGCAACUUGAUCGUGCGCUCAAGAUUCAGAAGGAGAGCGAGGAGAAACACGAGACACUGCGCGUGGCCUUCGAUCAGGCUGCCGAGCAUUUAGUGCGCCUUGAGCACGAGCAGCAGGAGUGGGAAGCUCGGGAGGCGGAGCUUACGGAGCAGCUUGGCGAUUUCGAUGUUGAGCUCGAGGCGCUGAGAGGCGAGAAAGAGGGGCUUCAGAAGGAAAGCGAGGAGCUGAAACAACUUGUAGCUGAGCGCGAGGAGGACCUUGACCGCGUCAAAGAGCGUAUGGAAACCACCAUAACCGAUCUCGAAGGAAAGUUGACUGUUGAAAUGAGAAAUCGGGAUUCCUUGAGGAGUCGAGUAGAUACUCUGGAACAAGAAGCUAGACAGUCGAAGGAACAGCUCGUAGAGAUGGCACGUACCGCUACCGAUUAUUCCACCAUCAUCCAACGCAAGGAAGAGGACAUCGCCCGUCAUACCAUUGAACUCGAGUCUAUCAGGACUGACCGCGACCGCAUUUCCAAGGAGAUCAUCUCUCUCCAGGUUCAGAUCGAGACGCAAACUGCGGAGUUACAGGCCCAGAAGGAUGAGAAAGACAGGGACUCAGCCGCUCAGACUAAACUUCAGGAAGAGUUGGAUGAACUGCGCACCCUCAUGGAGGCUAAGACGAGUGAAGAGACCCGCCGUAGCGAGGUCGAGAAGCGGAAGGAAGAAGAACUGGUUGAUCUGCGCGGACAAGUGGCAACUUUGCAGCAGGAACUCAGCGAGGCUCGACGAGUGGCCCUGGACAUCCAAAACAGGAUGAAGGUGGACCUCGAAACGUCCACACGCGAACACAAUUCUCUAUUGCAAAGCCAUCGCUCUCUUUCGGACCGGAUGCAGGCUACUGAUUCCAAGUUUAAGAAAGCGGAAGCUGCUCUGUCUGAAGCAGAGAAAGCGAAGCGAUCUGCAGAGUCUGAACUCCAGUCACUCAGAUCUCGACAGAUUGAUGCUGAUGGAACUUUGGCAGAGGCUGAGAAGGAAAAGGAGAACUUGAAGCGCCAGUUGACCGCGGCUCAGGCCAAGUAUCGGGACUUUGAAGACACUACACUUGAGUUGGAGCGGGAGAAAAACGCCCAGGAUCGUCAACUGGAAACUCUCAAAAAACAACUCGAAGCCGAGACAACCAAGCGUUCUCAGCUCGAGAAGCUUGCUUCUGGUCAGAAAGCAGAAAUCAUUCAGCUCAAGGACCGCAAUGUCAAGUUCGACCGCGAACUCAACAAGGUUUUAACGGACUUGAAAAACCGCGAGUGGGAAGUCAAGCAGCUGGAAUCUAAGCAGGAUAAGACCAUCGUGGAGCACGUUCACGUACUCGAAGAGGCCAAGCGGGUCACAGAUCGUCAACUCCAGGAUGCUCAGAAGGAGCUGCAGAAAAAUGCGGUCUACAUUCGCUCACUCGAAAAGGUUAAGGCCAGGCUUACAGGCGAGGCCGAGGAUUUCAUCCGCGAAACGGAGCGUGAGCACGUCGAGCUUCGUGCGAAGGAAAAAAUUGCUCGAACUGCAGAAGAAAAAGCCAACCGAGCUUUGAUGGAGGCUGAGAACGAACGGAAAGGCAGGGAGGCUGCCGAGACGCACAUUCGGAAAUUGCAGUCCGAGGUUCAAAACGCCCACGACCAGAUUGCCGAUGUCACCCAGCAAUUCAUGUCCAUACAGCGGUCCAAGGACAACCUCGAGACGGAGCUCGCGCGACUCGCAGACGAAACAGAAGCUCCUAACUCGAUGGCAAAGAUGCAACGCCAGUAUGAGUCCCGCAUUUCCCAACUGCAAAACCAGCUGGAAGAAGCUGAGACGACAAGAGUAACUGCAACUAAGAUCCGAGAGCAGGUCGAGCGUCAGCAUGCAGAGAUCCGCCGAUUGAUCAUGAGCAAUGGAUCCGACCAUGAGCCGUUCCGUGCACGGCUCCUCCAGGAGCUCCAGCUGGCUGAGAACGCGAUGGAAAAGGAAUUAUCCUCUCGUUCUCAGCGGCACUCCAACAACAACUCCGAUAUUCAGACCUUGGCUGACAGUCCACAGCGCAAACGCAUUCCAUCGGGUUCGAAUGGCAUCAUGAGGACCCGCAAGGAUUCUUCUCACUCAGAGUCCCCUAGGAAAAAUGAUGGGCAGGUCAACGCUCUGAAGCAGCAGGUACAGGUUCUCGAGCUCAAGAUGGCUGCUUCAGAUCGCGUCCGUCAACAUCUGGAGGUGUCCUUGAGGGAACUUACCGCCGAGCUGGAUAGUAGUGAUGGGUCCGUACAAUCUUUGCAACAAUAUCGAGGUCGGCUCGCGAAAGAAAAUGGACGCCUAGCUGAACUACUCGAAGACGAGGCGGAGGCACGUCGACAUGCAGAAGCUGCGCAGCUAACAGGUAUUCAGGAAGUAUGGAAUAAGUUCCAGAACACCAUUGCAGCCGAACGCGAGAGCUAUGCGCGGCUAGAGGAGUCGCGCAAAGCACUGGUUAUUCAACAACGCGGUGCCCAGGUUGAGCUCGAAGACCACCGUCACCAAGUCCAAGAGCUUUCUCAGGCAAAGAAACAACUGCAAGCUGAUCUUGCGGACAUCAAAGACCGAUUGGAAGGCGAACUCGUGGCAAAGAAUGAGGAGAUUAAUUCCAAGCGUCAGUUGCAAGCACGUUUGCAGGAACUCGAGAUCACUUCAGCAGGCUCUUCGACGGCGCAGUCGGAACUUCGCGAGGCCGUCGAAGCGUACAAGUCUAAAUCAGAAUCAUAUCGCAGUCGACUCGAAGUAGCUGAGAUCGAGAGAGUCAAAGUUGCCCGUGCCGAGGCCCUAUCACGACGGUCUCUAGCUGAUGUUGAAAAGGCUCACGCCCAAUUGACUGCUGAACGGAACACCAUUGAGCAAGCUCUAUCUCAAGCACAGGAAAAGAUCCACGAACUCGAGACCAGAAUUGAAGAGGAGUCCCGUGACUCGUCCGAUGGGCAGCUUCUUCGUCAACGGCUCAACGAGGAAAUGGACGACGAGCGCAAGCAACACCAGAAAGAUCUAGCCGAGCGAGACUUCACUGCUGACCAAACCCGGAAGAAGUACCAAGCGGAACUUGCACAACUUAGCGAAGAACUUCAAAGUCAACGCGACAGCAUGAGCAAGCUUCGCGAAGAAGUCAGAAAGGCGCGAUCUGACUACGAUGAACUUCAAUUACGCUAUGACGACGAGGUCUACAGUGGUGGAGCCUGGAAGAAGGAACGCGAGCGUCUAGAGACCAAGAUCAACGACAUCAGCAAGGCCUAUGAAUCUUCCGCAGCAGCCCAAAGCGAGCAGCAGUCCCAGAUCGUUGCGCUUCACUCACAAGUUCGCGAAUUGCGAAGUGUAUUGAACGACGCGGAAGCGGAUCGCGCUUUGCUACAGAAGGCACGCAGGUCUCUGCAGGCCGAGCUCGAAACCAUCAAGUUGGACACUGUCGAUACCAACAGAAUGACGUCCGAUCGGGAGUUACAGGCACUGCAGCUCAAGAAGCAGGACCUAGAACGUUCACUCGAGGAGCAGGCUGAUAGGGUGGAGAUGGCAUAUGACAGAAUGAAGAAAGCUGAGGGUCAUGCUCAAGAAUGUCAGGUAGAGUUAGGUAAGGUGCGUGUUGAGAACUCGGAAUUGGAUCGGCUCAACGCUACGCUCGAGAAGCAGAUCAAAGAGCUCAACGUCCGGAUCGUGGACUUAGAGACCAAGUCGUAUUCAAGAACGCCACAGUCAAACACCCCGUCAUCAAAUGCUGUUAUUCGUCGGCUCGAAAGUCGAGUCGAAGAGUUGACCACUCAACUCACUCAAGUUUCGAAAGACAAAAGUCGGGCAUCGCUAUCAAGAGAUCGGGACGCUAUAUUCAAAUUGGCUGAGAGCGAUCGAUUGAAGUCACGUUUAGAGGAAGAGAUCAAGUCUUACGAGGAGAAAGUGACGACUAUGCGAAAGGCUAUGGACGAGAUGCAAACGACUGAAGGGGAGCUUCAACUUGCCAAACGACGCGCUGAGCGCGAAGCUGCAGAUCUCAAGCAGAAGUCUCUAACCUUGGAGCGUCAAGUGGAGAGACUACGUGCAAGACUCGAUCGGCCCUCUUCAUCCAUGCGCGGCUCGCCCGUCGGUUCUCCAAGAAAGUUCGAAUCAUAG